GCUGUCCUUUGUUCGAACCAGAGCUGAUCUACCAGUUGGAUCGCAGAGAGGAGUUAUGGAUUGUUAAGAAAGACCUCUCCCAAAGCUCCUAUCCAGAUGACAACACAAAACCCAAGACCACAGAGCCUAGCUUUUUUCACCUGGCCUUGCCUGAGGAAGUCUUACUCCAGGAACGACUGACACAGGGAGUCUCAAAGGACUCCCAGUUAGGGCAAGCCAAGGAUCAAGAUGGGCCAUCUGAAAUGCAAGAAGUCCACUCGAAAGUAGGGAUAGACUCCCAGGGGGAGAAGCUCCUGGAGAAAAUGAGUUCUGAACGUGAUGGUUUGGGGUCAGAUGAUGGUGUAUGUACAAGGAUUACACAGAAACAAGUUUCAACAGAAGAUGAUCUCUAUAAAUGUGAUUCACAUGGACCAGUUACAGAUUCUUUGAUUCGUGAAGAGAAAAAUUCCUAUAAAUGUGAGGAAUGCGGGAAAGUGUUUAAAAAGAAUUCCCUCCUUGUUCAGCAUGAACGGAUUCACUCUCGAGUGAAGCCCUAUGAAUGCACAGAGUGUGGGAAAACCUUUAGCAAGAGCACUCAUCUUCUUCAGCACCACAUCAUCCACACCGGGGAGAAGCCCUAUAAGUGCAUGGAGUGUGGAAAGGCUUUUAACCGCAGGUCACACCUCACACGGCACCAGCGGAUUCACACCGGAGAGAAGCCUUACAAGUGCAGUGAAUGCGGAAAGGCCUUCACCCACCGCUCCACUUUCGUCUUACAUAACAGGAGCCACACUGGAGAAAAACCCUUUGUGUGCAAAGAGUGUGGCAAAGCCUUUCGAGAUAGGCCAGGUUUCAUUCGACACUACAUCAUCCACACGGGAGAGAAGCCCUAUGAGUGCAUUGAGUGUGGGAAGGCCUUCAACCGCCGGUCAUACCUCACGUGGCACCAGCAGAUUCACACUGGAGUGAAACCCUUCGAAUGCAACGAGUGUGGAAAAGCCUUUUGUGAGAGUGCAGACCUCAUUCAGCACCACAUCAUCCACACCGGGGAGAAGCCCUAUAAGUGCAUGGAGUGUGGGAAGGCCUUCAACCGCAGGUCACACCUCAAGCAGCACCAGCGGAUUCACACUGGGGAGAAGCCUUAUGAAUGCAGUGAAUGCGGAAAGGCCUUCACCCACUACUCCACUUUUGUCUUGCAUAAAAGGACUCACACUGGAGAAAAACCCUAUGAAUGCAAAGAAUGUGGAAAAGCCUUUAGUGAUAGGGCAGACCUCAUUCGACACUUCAGCAUCCACACUGGAGAGAAACCCUAUGAGUGCGUGGAGUGCGGGAAGGCCUUCAACCGCAGCUCACACCUUACGAGGCACCAACAGAUUCACACUGGAGAGAAACCCUAUGAAUGCAUCCAGUGUGGGAAGGCCUUUUGCCGGAGUGCAAACCUUAUUCGACACGCCAUCAUUCACACUGGAGAGAAGCCGUAUGAAUGCCGUGAGUGUGGAAAGUCUUUUAAUCGCAGCUCCUCCCUCACACAUCAUCAACGGAUUCAUACUGGGAGAAACCCUACCAUGGUGACAGAUGUGGGAAGACCUUUUAUGACUGCACAGACUUCAGUCAACAUCCACAGACUUUUAUUAGGGAAAGAGUUUUUGAAUAUCACCACUGAAGAGAAUCUGUGGUGAAAGGAACAUCUUACCAUCUGGCCAUUCAUACUGAAGAGAAACUUCAUAAGCAUCCUGUCUUUGAGAAAACUUGUCAUAGAUUAUCAUUUGUCAUCUGAACAAUUAUGUUAGAAAUUGAAGCCGCCUGGAGUCUUAUUCUCCAUCUGAGAAUUCACCCAUGAGAGAGACCCAGUGGUUACUAUGCACUUAGGAAAACCUUCAGCCACAUCUUUCUUCUUAGUUUACAGUGACAUAUUAUCUCAGGGAUAUUUAAACAAAGGAGAAGGAGAUAUAGGGAAGAGGAAUAAAACACAGCUUCUUUUAGACUUGUCUGACAAGCCUAUGGCAAUUUGUCAUCCCUUUUUUAUUUUAUUUGGGAGAGGGAAAUGUUUCAGAAACAAGAAAUCUCAUCCCCUUUAUUUUUCCUCUGUGUACAUUCACUGCUGCCCAGUGUCUGAACAGUUAAGACGAACGAGGGUUUGAAAACAUUUGGUGAAAGCUUGCUUAGUCCUGCAACAUUCUCCACUCUUGAGGUGUAGGAGCAUACAUCUUUAUAAAAAAUACGGAGGCUUGAGUUAUGAGACACUUUUAUAAGGAGAUAAGGAUGUACAUAUGUUUGGACACAUUGUCCACUUCAGAUGCUUGUUUAAAAAAACUGUUUCACCGGAUGUCUUUACCCAAUACACAUACUUUUUCUUGAUGUGGGUUUACUUUUUUUUUUUUUUUUUUAGUUUUCCUGGGAUAGGGAUGAUAGUGUAAUUGUUCAUGCACAGAGUAAUCCUGGGCGGGCAUCUUAGUUUUUUUCCUAUGAUUGUGGUUUCUCAGCUUCUUUACCUCUCCUUUGAGAGAGUUAGAUCCACCU